AUGGCGCAGGGCGUUAAUUGCCACACGGCCACGGUAGAUUUGAACUCACAAUUGGAAAAAUUCGGGAAGAUUGAAGAAGUAGCUGAGAGUAGUAUUWGGUCGCACGAGGAAAAUUUGUGCGGAGCACAUUUUAAAAGCAACACGCGACGGGAUAAUACUGGCAGAUAUAUAGUGAGAUUGCCHUUUAAGGAAGAAAAUCAGUUAGGAGAUUCGUAUACGAGCGCGUUAMGAAGAUUUCACGCAUUAGAGCGAUCAUUAUCGCGCAAGCCGGAAAUUAGAAAUGAAUAUAUUAAAUUCUUAUCCGAAUAUGAAGAACUAGGGCACAUGACAAGGAUAGAAGGGGGACCUCACGAAGAUAGAUUCUAUUUACCGCAUCAUGCUGUAUUAAAGCAUACUAGUAUUACGRCCAAAUUGCGAGUAGUGUUCAACGCGUCGGCCAAAACCAGCAACGGGAAAUCGCUGAAUAACGUAUUAAUGGUUGGCCCAACCAUACAGGAGGAUUAA